UGGUAACAAUUUAUAAUAAUUCAUACCAAUUACUUGAACUCCGAACACACUGAUUGGUUGAUGCGUAAUCGAACAGAACUGUUAUAUUUUGCGUAAAAUUGCUUCAAAAUAUUGAAUGGAUUAGUGUUUUUGUAAUUUGAGAUGGAUGUAAAUAUAAGCGAGUACGAAUCACAGCUCCAACGGGUAGAGCAAUCUUUACAUGCCACCGAAGACGAGAAUGAACGUAUUGCAUUAAGUGGUCUAAAGGCAGAUCUUUUGGAACUUAUCGAAUUAACGAAGCAGACGUAUGCAGCGGAACACUCCCAUAACGAAGAUGGAUGUGUCUUCAAUGAGGAACUAGAACGAUUUAAAAGUGAAAUAGCACAAUUGGAUAACGAUGGCACAAAUGGAAGCAAUGAUACAAUAGAUUGUAAAGGAGAUGAUGAAAAGCAAAUGGAGGAACUCAGGUCUAAUCUAGAAACUAUGGUCGGUCAAAAGUGUUCUGCACCUCAUCAACAUACAUGGGGUGCAAUAGGUUACCAUAAUGCUUUGGUCUGUGGAGUAGAUAAUUCUGCCACUAUAGACUGCAAAGGUGUAUUGAAGAUUCGCUUGCGGGUACUUUUCACUAAUCCUACCCAUCGUGAGAUGUUGCCUUGUUUGUUUUACCUUGAAGGAGAAUGCCGAUUUGACGAUGAACAUUGCCACUACUCUCAUGGCGAGCUUGUAGAUGUUGAAGAAUUAAGACCUUAUACGGAACCAGAUUUUACACUUCUUGCCCGUAAUUGCGUUGUACUUGCAAAAUUAUCUGAUCGCCUUUGGUACCGAGGUAGAGUACUUUGCGCAAAUUUCGUAGAAAAGCUAUGCCGAGUUCGACUUGAUAAGAGAGAUGAAAAUAAACGUGAGCGGGAUUUUUCGUUCGAAGAUUUACUUCCAAUAUUCCAUGAUGACGAUCUGUCUAGCGGAAGCUCGAGUGAAUCGAGCAAUGAAGAUGACCUGGGAUAUUCAGAAGAUGUGAAAAACGCUAGACGAGCACAAUUAACAGAGCAACAAUUAUUUGAAUUUAAUUCAACACAACCACUCGGAGAGUGGGAAAAGCACACACGGGGUAUCGGGUCGAAGAUAAUGGCCAAAAUGGGUUAUAUUCACGGUACAGGACUAGGUUCAGAUGGAGGUGGCAUUGUCAUUCCCGUGACAGCCCAAAUUUUGCCUCAAGGGUACUCGCUCGAUCGCUGCAUGGAGUUGCGAGAAGCUGCCAACGGAGAUAAAAACUAUUUCAGCGUAGAAAAAAAAAUACUACUUCAAAAGAAAAAGCAAGAAAAAUACAACGUGAAAGCGUAUGAGCGAGAAUCUCAACGUACAGAUGUAUUUACAUUCAUUAACGAUAAUAUAUUGGGCAGAGAGACUGAAUCGAAGGAAACAAAGAAAACGCUUUCACUAAGCAAUGAAACCACAAAAUCUCUAAAUGUGGCCAGUGUGCGUAUUGCCGACGAUAUACGGCGAAAAGAACGGGAGAUUAUAAAGUUACGACAAUCGAUGGACCGUAAUGCCGACGGCACGGAUGUUCACAAACGAUUAAGACAACAAUUACAAACAAAACUAGAGGAAUUAAAAGCUUUACAAAAAGAGGAAAACAAGCUUUCCACAGAGCAAGCGUCAAGGAAAACAAAAAAUAAAUUAUGCGUUUUUUAAGAAAAACCUGUGAAUUCUUGAAUAUCAAUAAGCAUGGCGGAAUAAUAAAAGCGAAGUAAUAAGGCAGCUUUCACUGUUCAUUUUCUGACACUCGACUGCCUUAUUAUUAUUAUUAUUUAUAGGAGAUAUAUACAAUAUAACCCUAGCUUAUAUUUUACAAUGUCUCUUAUAUUCAUUGGAUGUUUCAUGUAUUGCUUCUUUGGAGACAUGGGGCAACUUUGUUAUUAUCUUCAAAAUAUUAUUGGCUUGUAGCAUUGUUUUCUCCAUUUCAAUAUUUGUGAAAAAAUACAUAAAAUCUGUGAAAU